AUGGGAGAAGAUGGAGAAGAGAUGCUCUCGUCAUCGAAUUUUGAUAAACCCUCGCAGGAGGAUGCAGCGAAUGAAGAACAGCUAGACCCAAUUGAAGAGAAAAGAUUGAGCGGCGGAGCUCUGAACGAUGCGGUGGAGCAACGUGAAUUCGUUCCGGAAUCAGCCGACUCCAACGUGUCAGCUCCUGAUUCGAAAGACGGGGAAGGGUUGGCGAGAAAGGAGGAGGAGACAGGGGACAUGCACGGGGCUGACAACGUGGAAGAUAAACAAAUGGAGGCGGAGGCAGAAGUAGGAGGCGGCGGCGGCCAUGGUCGGUUUUUGACGGAAAAGGUUGGAAGAGAGGAUUCUGUUUUUACUGGGGGUGACGUCGAGGUGACGAAUGAGGAAACCCCUGUGGAGUUGGUGUCGGUGCAAACCGGUUUGGUGGGUGCAACCGAAGAGGUUGAAGAAGCGGCUGAGGCGGUGGAAUCUAAAGAAGUUGCCAGUGCGACUGCCGGAGGUGUUACAGAGGAAAAUGAUUCAGUCGUUUCAGUUUCGGAGGACGAAAGGAGCCAUGAGACCGUUUUGGAUGAUUUUGAAACGGCUGUCGCGGAAGGAGAGAAGCUCAAUACGGAGUCAACUGUUGCAUCAGGCGCUGAGGAAGGUGCAGGAAUGGCAGUGGAGAUAGUCGGGAUGAUGGGAGCUGAGAAAGAGGUAGAUGAAUUGGAUGGAGGAAAAACAACUGCUGAAGAGAUGAUAAUGGCUGAGGUUGAGUCUAAAGUGGAUGCCGUGGCAGUGUUUGAAGUGAUUAAGGAGGAAUCUGACCCAGAAAAGGGUUCUGGCUUGGAGGGUUUAGAGGUGCCCAAAGAAGGAAUUGAAGACAAAGAAGUGGGCGGCGUCAUAAAGGGGACAGAAGAAAUUGAAAAUCUUGGGUCGAGUGACAUGCAGUAUGAUAAUGGUCAACAACCAGUCAUCCUGGUUGAUGAAAAAGCCAAUGAAGAAUUGCUGCCUGACCAGAAAAAGGAGGCUGAGACGGAGGCUAUUAAUGCAAGUAGUAAUGUUGAAUCCCUUCAGGCGCCAGUAGACACUGCCUUUAUUCAGCAAGAAGGUGACGAUAAAGAUGAAGAGCUAGUUGCUGAAGAGGAAGGUGGCAUGGUAGAUACGAGAUUGGAUGCUGAAACACACGUGCUUCAGGAAGAGGUUGUAUCAGGAACAGGGAAUCAGGCCGAAAUAAAAACUGUUGAUGAUAUUGUCCAGUCUAUUCCAAGUGCACAUGAUGCUAAGCUUGUUCCCCGAGAUGGGGACGGACAGGUUGUUGCUAAUGAUGAUCCUGAUUUGAUCGGGUCGGAAAUGGAAGUCAGAUCAGAUGCAGGGCAGGAACCAAGGGUGUUAAUACUGCAGCAGGCUAAGGAGGCUGAAACAAAGAUUGGAGAGGUUGCUGAUGUAGAUGCUACCCCCACCACACAUGAUGCUAAGCAUGCUUCACUAGAUGAAGAGGAACAAGAGAUGCUUACUGAGGAUGGGUCUGUAUUAGCUGGAACUGAAAUGGACACAGAAACUGAAACAGGAGACACAAUGAUAACGACAGAGAAGGAAGAGGCGCUUGAUAAUGUGGAGGGUCUGCCUGAGAUAGAUGACAUAGAUCAUGUUCCCCAGAACGAGGGAACUGAAGAGAUGGCUGCUGAGGAGUCUGCUUUGGCGGAGGCAGAAGAAACUGAAACAGAUGUUGGGGAGUCAAGCAGGGUUGUUGGAGAGAAAAGCAAGAGGGGAAAGAACGCUAAAGCUAGCACCAAGUCUAAAACCUCAUCAAAAACUCAAAAGAUCAUGGGGGAAGAUGUUUGCUUUAUUUGCUUCGAUGGUGGGGACCUUUUUCUGUGUGACCGACGGGGUUGCUCCAAGGCCUAUCAUACUUCUUGUGUAGAUCGAGACGAAGCUUUUUUCCAAACGAAGGGUCGCUGGAAUUGUGGUUGGCAUUAUUGCAACUUUUGUAAAAAGAAUGCUCAAUAUAUGUGUUACACCUGUCCCUAUUCCUUAUGUAAAGGAUGUAUAAAGGAUGGUGUGAUCUUUUGCGUCAGAGGAAACAAAGGUUUUUGUGAGACUUGCAUGAAGACAGUCAAGCUGAUAGAAGACAGUUCAGAGGGAAAUAACGAUGUUGAUUUCAAUGACCAGAGUAGUUGGGAGUUUCUCUUUAAGGAUUACUACACAGAUUUGAAAUCUAAAUUAUCGUUAACAUCAGCUGAAAUUGGCAAGGCCAGGAAUCCUUGGAAGGGUUCUGACAUAUCCAUCAGCAAGGAGGAAUCACCUGAGACCCCAAUAGGGCACAAGGACGGUGGAGUUUCUAGUAAUGAUGCCAAGAAUUCGGAAGGAGCUAAACCAAAAAGGAAAAAGGCUAAGAAGCGGUCAAGAUCCGUUGCCGAGGAAGAGGACUCUGCUGAUGCACCCUCAUCACCUAGCAAUGAGGAAUGGGCAUCAAAAGAGCUUUUGGAAUUUGUUAUGCAUAUGAAAAAUGGUGAUGCAUCUGUUCUUUCUCAGUUUGAUGUACAGGCCCUCCUGCUUGAAUACAUCAAAAGAAACAAACUUCGUGAUCCUCGUCGGAAGAGUCAAAUCAUUUGCGACUCAAGACUUGAAAAUAUUUUCGGGAAGCCUCGGGUGGGUCAUUUUGAAAUGUUGAAACUACUUGAAUCUCACUUUCUUGUGAAAGAGGAUGCUCAUACCGAUGAUGUUCAAGGCAGUGCUGCUGACUCUGAAGUGAACCAGACAGAAGCUGAUGAGGAUGAUGACACUGUGACAAAGGGGGCUAAAGAGAAAAAACGGAAAAUACGUAAAAAGAGUGAUAGGGUUCCUCUAUCUAAUCGCUAUGAUUAUGCAGCCAUUGAUACACAUAAUAUUAGCUUGAUAUACCUGCGUCGGAAAUUGAUGGAGGAUAUUCUUGAAGAUGGUGACAACUUUGAGAAUAAAGUUACCAAUACUUUUGUAAGAAUAAGAAUUUCUGGGAGUAAUCAAAAGCAAGACCUUUAUAGGCUUGUGAAAGUAGUGGGUACAAGCAAAGCGGCUGAGCCAUAUAAAGUUGGCAAAAAGACCACUGAUGUGAUGUUAGAGAUUUUUAAUUUAAACAAGACAGAGAUUGUAUCCAUUGACGCGAUUUCUAAUCAAGACUUCACUGAGGAAGAAUGCAAAAGGUUGCGUCAGAGUAUAAAAUGCGGUCUACUUGACAGAAUGACUGUGGGUGACAUUCUUGACAAGGCCAUGGAAUUACAGACAGUCAGAGUGAAUGAUUGGCUGGAAUCAGAAACUCAGCGGCUUAGCCAUCUUCGUGAUCGAGCAAGUGAUAUGGGGCACAGAAAGGAAUAUCCUUAUUUUGCAUAUAAUCUUCUUUCUUAUUUCUCGGAAUGCGUUGAGAAAUUACAGAUUUUGAAGACCCCAGAGGAGCGGUUGCGAAGAUUAGAAGAAGUUCCAAAAAUACAUGCCGAUCCUAAGAUGGAUCCAAACAACGAGUCUGAAGACAACGACAGUGAAACUGAAGAAAACAAACAAGAAGGUCUCCUGAGAACCUCGGGUUCCAGCUUUGCAAGGCGUGCAAGAGCACCGAUUUCUUCGGGAAGUGAUUUUUCUCCUAAAGAUUCGUGGAAUGGGGGAAAUACUCCGAGCAAGAAUUGGGAAUCAAGCAAAAAUGUUUUCAGUAAAAACUUGCCUAGCUCUGGUGAAGAUGGUGGCACUCCGAUUGACAUGGGGUAUAAUAAUACUUCGUGGAGUCAAGGAAGAGAUAAAGCUGAACUUAAAUCAAGUCUCAGUUUAUCUAGCCAGUCUGAAAAUGUUGGAUUGAAUAUCAAUUCUAUGACCAGAACUGAAUCAGUAUCGGGUGUGACGGUGAAUUCAUUGGUUUCUCAAACAGCUAAAGAAGUAGAAAAUGUUGUAAAGAUUAACGAUACUCAAAAAAUGUGGCAUUACCAGGAUCCCUCUGGGAAAGUUCAGGGACCCUUUUCUAUGACUCAGUUGCGAAAAUGGAACAACACUGGAUACUUCCCCAGUAAUUUGAGAAUUUGGAAAACUGGCGAAAAGCAAGAUGACUCUAUACUUUUGACUGAUGCAUUGGCAGGAAGGUUUCAGAAGGAAUCUUCAGUAGAGAGUAAAUUGGCGACUGCAGGCGCUCUUAACACUGCUCAUGGCUUAUCUGGACAUUAUGCAAAGACUCCUGAUUCACAGUUGCAACUGUCUAGAGAAGAAACAUUAGGGGAAAGAUCAAAUGCUGAACAAAACCGUGGGCUAUCAAUAUUGCAGCAGAUGGCUGUAUUAAAAGGCUCAGUUGCUCCUUCUGUUGAGGUUCCUACUGAAAAGUGGAGUAGGACCGAUCUAUCUAAUCUUCCUUCUCCAACUCCAGGACGUAAUGCAGGUGAGGUUGGAGGAGCACAAUCACUAGUUUCAGGUUUAUCAUCCCAUUAUGCUAACAUUGCUUCUGUGAAUUCUUCAGCAGGUACCAAGGAGCUGUUGAUCAAUGGUCGAGAUGGUGAUUCUGGGAGUGCAACAAUUGGUUCUGGACACGCUUUGCAAGCUACCUCAUUGGCACACACUGGAGAAGCACGUUCAAUGGAGGACCUUGGUCAUCAUCUACGAGCCCAGGAUAAUCCAAAUGGGAUUCCACUUAUCAGUAAUCAGAAUUCUCAGACUGAAUCUCAUGGUUGGGGUGGGCCUCCUAUGCAGAAGGUAGAAUCAAAUCCUUUGACUCCUGUGCCUGGACAACAACAGCAAGCUUAUAAUCAGUGGGGUUCUGCAAUCACCCCUCCAGCUCAGAAUCCUGUAAUGCCUCAGCCCGAGUUUUGGGGUCAGAGCAAUCAGACCAAUAUGCAAACUCCUCCACCCUUGCCGAAUGUAGGUUGGGGCACAGGGCCGCACGCUGAAACCAAUUCUCCUGCUGCUCCUGCACUGCGACCUGACAAUUCAACAACUGGCUGGGCGCCGAACAUGGGCUGGGUUGCACCGCCACAAGGUCCCCCGAAUAUGAAUUGGGGCUCCACUGUUCAAGGGCCGGCUCCCGGAAAUGCAAAUUCUGGUUGGGUUGCUGCCCCUGGAGAUGCAGGAUCCUCCAUACCAGGGCAGAUACCGGGCAAUGUUAACUCUGGGUGGGUUGCACAACCAGUGGCUGUGCCCAGUGCUGCUGGUUGGGGGGCUCCUGGUGGAAAUGUGGGACCCGGUGGUCCAGUUCCAGCACCUGGAUCUGGUUGGGGUCCAAUGGGACCUGGAAAUCAAGGAGGUCCCUCGAACCAGGGUUGGGGGGCACCACCUGGGAAUCAAGGAGGAUGGGGGAAUGGGUCUCAAGGUGGGGAUCCGGGUUAUGGUGGGGGCAGACCUUGGAAUAGGCAAUCAUCUUUUGGGAGAAGAGGAGGAAAUGAUCUGAGGAAUGUUCCUAGAGAUAUAUUGUGUCCAUACAACACACACGGAAGAUGUAGGAAAGGGAAUAGAUGCAAUUACAUUCAUUCCUAG